AAGAUGCCUCUGGAGCGACACCUGGAGCACCUCAGGACAUGAUGGAGGCGGUCUGUGACGGAAACAUCGACCCCAACGGAGGAAAAGAGGCGUGAGAAGCGUGCGCAUGAGAUCGAAGGAGAAGACGUGAGCGAUGACGACCAGUGAGGUGCCACUUCCCAAGACCAUGGAGGCUGCGACGACAGCAAACGGAGCAAAGACCACUGAAGCUCCACCUGAGCAGCCAGCUUAUAUGCAGCUUCUCGGCAACAAGAUUGUCGUUAACAAGACUGAGCGACCUCCCCUGCUCCUCACCGACAACACUGCAAAAGUUCUAGCACAUACUCUGCCAAUUCGACAUCUUGAGGAACAGCGACUGAACACCCUUUCGCGCAAAAUCGCCUUUGGCGUCGACACUAAGGAUGUUGCUGCCGUCGUCACGCGUUUCAUCUCUGGCCGCUGCUCCCGGAUGGCAACGGCGCCUCGUUAAAGGACGUCACAGCUGCGUACAUAUACGCGAGGAUGGUGACGACUGAGUAGGGCGAGGUCGGUGCCCUACUCCUCAUAGAAGCGGUGCA